GUGUCCCGUGUGCCCGAGCCCAUCGGCCCUUCCCGAGCCUCUCCCGCCGAGCCCCCGCGCCGAACCCCCGCCGGCCCGGCCCCGCGCCCCGUGCGUCAUGGCCGCGUACAAGCCAGUGGUGGUCCAGGCAUGCCCCAAGCUCGGGGAGAAAAUCACGCAGGACACGUUGUACUGGCGGGGAUACAAGACACCUGUUCAGAUAAAGGAAUUCGGUGCAGUAAAUAAAAUUGACUUCUCCCCAGUCCCACCGUAUAACUACGCUGUCACAGCAUCCUCGAGGAUCCACAUCUAUGGCCGUUACUCCCAGGAGCCCAUCAAGACGUUCUCUCGAUUCCGGGACGUGGCGUACUGUGCCACCUACAGGGAUGACGGCCGCCUGCUCGUCGCCGGCAGCGAAGACGGCAGCAUCUGCCUCUUCGACGUCAGCGGCAAAGCAACGCUGAGGCAGUUCAAGGGUCGUACCAAACCAGUUCAUGUAGUGGGCUUCCUGUCUGAUAAAUACCGAGUAUAUUCUGGUGGUGAUGAUUAUUCAUCAACUUUGUGGGAUAUUCCAACUGCCAAAGAAAUCAUCUCUUACAAUGAACAUACUGACUAUGUGAGAUGCGGCUGUGCAAGUAAAGUGAAUGCAGAUGUCUUCAUAACAGGUUCCUAUGAUCACACUGUGAAACUGUUUGAUGCACGAGCAAAGAGUAGUGUCAUGACAAUAGAACACGGCCAUCCCGUGGAGAGUGUGCUUCUGUUUCCAUCUGGUGGACUUCUAGUAUCUGCAGGAGGUCGAUAUGUCAAAGUUUGGGAUGUACUAAAAGGUGGACAGUUACUAGUUUCACUUAAAAAUCACCAUAAAACUGUAACUUGUUUGUGCCUGAACAGCUCUGGACAAAGGUUAUUGUCAGGAUCCCUGGACAGGCAUGUGAAGAUUUACAGUACUACAUCCUACAAAGUAGUCCACAGCUUCAACUAUGCAACAUCCAUCCUCAGUCUUGCACUGUCGCCUGAAGAUGAAACCAUAGUUGUAGGUAUGACCAAUGGGGUGCUAAAUGUUAAACACAGAAAACCGGAAGAAAAGAUUGAAAACUCUCAAAAAAAGAGACAACCAGCCUAUAGAACCUAUGUGAAAGGAAGAACUUACAUGCCAAAACAGGAAGAUUUCUGUGUCAGUAAACCUGUAAAACGUGUUUUGAGAAAAUAUGAUAAGCUUCUGAGAAGCUUUCAGUCUUCCAAGGCUCUUGAUGCAGUAAUGGAGCCACCCAUCAUGCUUCAUACUCCUGAAGUCACAGUUGCAGUCAUGCAGGAGCUACAUCGAAGAGGAACACUGAGAAGUGCACUUGCAGGCCGAGAUGAGAAGCAAGUUAAUCUCCUGCUUACCUUUGUGGCAAGGCGUGUGAUUGAGCCUAGAUUUACUCCUGUGCUGGUGACUGUUGCCGAUAUGAUCACUGACAUUUAUCAGCCUGUGGUUGGGCAGUCAGAGAUAGUUGAUAAACAGUUCUUGAAACUCCAGCAAGCUAUUGGAAAAGAAAUUGACUAUCAAGAAGAAUUACUAGAAGUUUUGGGAAUGAUGGAUACACUGUUUGCUACUUUUACUAAGAAAAGAGAUACGUCUCUAGAAGAGAACAAAAGCAAUGGUGUUACACAGAUCAUUGAAACAAAUAGGAAUUACUGACACCCAUCACAACAAAUUGUCACAAUUGUGAACUUGAAAGACAUGAUCUAUUCUCCUGGUAACUAUUUAAAAUAGUGACUUUCAAAAUAACCCUCUCUUAUGUUGAAAUUCUGUCUUUUAAACUGUGUUGCUGACUUGGUUACUGAAGACAGAGAAAGAGGACAUUUUCAAGAUUGUCCAUGCAAUUUUUUUCAAAUAAGUUAGUUUUAAAGUUCUAUUUCAGAGUUACAUAACUUCUUAAGGAUUUACGUUUUUGGUAGAGGCAGGGCUGUAUUGGUGGCUUCUGUGAGAAGCUGCCAGAAGCUUCCUUCA